AUGCAGAUAAAGUUUGACGCAGCAGACUUGUUGCGUGUUCAGAUCCCCCAUGAGGACCCGCUGGUCGUAAGUUUGACAAUGGCUAAAUGCUUGGUGCGCAGAGUUCUAAUUGACCCUGGAAGUAGUGCGAACAUCAUGCCAAGAGAUACAUUCGAUCGGCUCGAGAUCAAACAAGAUCAGCUGAAAUCCACCGGGAAUCCAUUAGUAGGGUUUGAUGGAAAGCGAGUGGAGCCCGUCGGCAUGGUGGAGGUAGCGGUACAUGCUGCUGAGAGGGUUUUGAUGGAAACCUUUGUAGUUGUUGAAAUUAAUCCCUCUUACAAUCUUCUGAUGGGCAGAGGGUGGAUCCACAGGGUUCGAGGUGUUCCAUCCACUCUGCAUCAGGUAAUGAGAUGCCUGACACCAGACGGAACCAAAGUGAUUGACAUUCAUGAAGACCAAGUUGCAGCUAAAGAAUGUUACUCUGUAACGCUGAAACAUGCCGGAAAGGGGAAAGCUCCCAUUCGUUCAAUCGAUCAGUUCCGACCGGAACGGACAACCAAAGUAGGGGAACGACUCGUUGAGGAAGAAAAGCAGGAAUUAGUUGAUUUUUUGUCUCAAAACGCAGAUGUGUUCGCAUGGAGUCACUUGGACAUGCCCGGGAUCGAUCCUUCGGUAUCCUGUCAUUCCUUGAACGUUAAUCCCAAUGCAAAACCUGUAAAACAGAAGCAGCGACGGUUUGCCCCCGAGCGCAACCGAAUUAUUACCGAGGAAGUUGAUAGGCUGCUUGAUGCGGGGUUCGAUAACUUCCCGCUGCCAAAGAUUGAUCAGAUGGUGGAUGCAACAACUGGAUAUGAAUGCUUGACAUUUUUAGAUGCUUAUUCGGGUUAUAAUCAGAUCCCCAUGGACCCCGCCGACGAAGAAAAAACUUCUUUCGUUACUGAACGCGGGACGUAUUGCUACAAAGUUAUGCCGUUCGGACUAAAGAACGCCGGGGCAACUUACCAAAGACUUAUUAGCAAGAUUUUUAAGGAACAAAUAGGGAAGAUAGUGGAGGCUUACAUUGAUGAUAUGGUGGUCAAAAGUAAGAAGAAAGCUGAUCAUGUGUAG